GGCAGCGGCAGCGGUAGCGGCAACGCAGCAGCAGCAGCAGCAGCGGCAGUGGUAGCAGCAGCAGUCUGCGUCGCUAUCACUUUCUCCUUCGCAGCGCGCCCAUCAGCCACCCUGCGUCACCAUGCCCAACAUCGUGCUCUUCAGCGGCAGCUCUCACCAGGACCUGUCGCAGCGCGUGGCCGAUCGCCUGGGCCUGGAGCUGGGCAAGGUGGUCACCAAGAAGUUCAGCAACCAGGAGACCAGCGUUGAGAUUGGUGAAAGUGUGAGAGGGGAAGAUGUCUAUAUCAUCCAGAGUGGCUGUGGGGAAAUUAAUGACAACCUGAUGGAGCUACUCAUCAUGAUCAACGCGUGCAAGAUUGCAUCCUCAUCUAGGGUAACUGCUGUGAUACCCUGCUUCCCGUAUGCCCGGCAAGAUAAAAAGGACAAGAGUCGUGCUCCAAUUUCUGCUAAACUUGUGGCCAACAUGCUGUCAGUUGCUGGGGCCGAUCACAUCAUCACCAUGGACCUGCAUGCCUCUCAGAUCCAGGGAUUCUUUGAUAUUCCUGUGGAUAAUUUGUAUGCAGAGCCUGCAGUUCUUCAGUGGAUUCGGGAAAACAUCACUGAAUGGAAAAACUGUAUCAUCGUUUCCCCAGAUGCUGGAGGAGCCAAAAGGGUUACAUCAAUUGCAGACAGGCUGAAUGUGGAAUUUGCCUUGAUUCACAAAGAGAGAAAGAAAGCAAAUGAAGUGGACCGGAUGGUUCUGGUGGGCGAUGUGAAGGACCGUGUGGCCAUCCUGGUGGAUGACAUGGCUGACACAUGUGGUACCAUCUGCCAUGCUGCAGAUAAGUUGCUCUCAGCUGGUGCCACCAAAGUCUAUGCUAUCCUUACCCAUGGAAUCUUCUCUGGGCCAGCUAUUUCCAGAAUAAAUAAUGCUGCCUUUGAAGCUGUUGUUGUCACCAACACAAUUCCACAAGAGGACAAAAUGAAACAUUGCUCCAAGAUUCAGGUGAUUGACAUUUCAAUGAUCCUGGCUGAAGCCAUUCGAAGAACCCACAAUGGGGAAUCGGUGUCCUACUUGUUCAGCCACGUCCCACUGUAGUCCAGAUUGGAAUACUGAAGGUGGAGCAAGCCUCCUCCAACUUCCUACUGUCUUUGUCUGCCUGCUGUUUUAGUGUUAGGACUCAGCAAUUCUAGGAUGAUCACUGGCAAAAGCAUCCGAUCUAUGUACACUCUGAGAUUCCUUGUCUCCCCUUCUAAAGUUCAUGACUACUUCUUCUCAGUUUUGUGGGGGCAGGGGAAGGUGGUGGUUACUUGGUCUUUAAGUGAACUGUGGUCAAUGAGAACUAGUAUUCUCCCUUAUUCUUUUUAGUACUUUGAGGCAGCAACU